AUGUCGCAGCGCACAUCCGCAGCGGUGGCCCUGGGCGGCUUGGCCGGGUUGGCGUACCUGAGCUCGGGCAGCCAGACUUUCGCGGCCGCGCCGGCGACCGCGAACCUUCGCCAUCAGCACACCGCCCAGACCGCGCAGGCGCCUUCUUCCUCGGCUUCGACAUCUCUGCCGGCAAUGAUGGCUGGCGGUGCAGUUCUCGCCGCUGCGGCUGCCUCUGGACGUGCUAGCCGCUCGCAUGGCAGCGCGCCCCUCCCCACCAGCGUGAUGCCAGUGAGGAAGUCGGUCACAGCUCGCAGGGCCCUGGACCAGUCCAGCCGCUAUGCGGACCUCUCCCUGGAUGAGGCGACGCUCAUCAAGAACGGCAAGCACGUGCUGGUGGCUUACAUCAUGAAGCCGAAGGCAGGCUACGACUACCUUGCCACCGCUGCGCACUUUGCUGCCGAGUCCUCCACCGGAACGAACGUGAACGUGUGCACCACGGAUGACUUCACCAAGUCUGUGGAUGCCUUGGUCUACUACAUCGACCCGGAUAGUGAAGAGAUGAAGAUCGCAUAUCCCACCUUGCUCUUCGACCGCAACAUCAUUGAUGGUCGUGGCAUGAUGUGCUCGUUCCUGACCCUGGCCAUCGGAAACAACCAGGGCAUGGGCGACGUCGAGUACGGCAAGAUCUACGACUUCUACCUGCCCCCGUCCUUCCUGCGCCUGUAUGAUGGGCCCGGCGUGAACGUGGAGGACAUGUGGCGCAUCCUGGGCAAGGGCACCAGCAACGGUGGUCUCGUGGUUGGAACCAUCAUCAAGCCCAAGCUCGGCCUGCAGCCCAAGCCUUUCGGCGAGGCCUGCUAUGCCUUCUGGCAAGGCGGUGACUUCAUCAAGAACGAUGAGCCGCAGGGCAACCAGGUGUUCUGCCAGAUGAACGAGUGCAUCCCCGAGGUCGUGAAGGCCAUGAGGGCUUGCAUCAAGGAGACCGGUGUCGGCAAGCUGUUCUCGGCCAACAUCACCGCGGAUGAUCCAAACGAGAUGAUCGCCCGCGGCAAGUACUGCAUGUCCCAGUUCGGACCUCUGUCCGAGAACUGCGCCUUCUUGGUGGAUGGAUACGUCGCGGGAGGCACCGCUGUGACCUGCGCUCGCCGCAACUUCCCCAAGCAGUUCCUGCACUACCACCGAGCCGGCCACGGCUCCGUGACCAGCCCCCAGACCCAGCGUGGCUACACUGCCUUUGUCCACACCAAGAUCUCUCGUGUUAUCGGUGCCUCCGGCAUCCACACCGGCACCAUGAGCUUUGGCAAGAUGGAGGGAGAUGCCUCCGACAAGAACAUUGCCUUCAUGCUGCAGGACGAUGAGGCCGAUGGCCCCUACUACCACCAGGAGUGGGAGGGCAUGAAGCAGACCACCCCCAUCAUUUCUGGUGGCAUGAACGCGCUCCGCCUGCCGGCCUUCUUCGAGAACCUGGGCCACUCCAACGUGAUCCUCACUGCCGGUGGCGGCGCCUUCGGCCACAAGGAUGGACCCAAGCCUGGUGCCAUCUCUUGCCGCCAGGGUGAGGAGGCCUGGAAGGCCUGGAAGGCUGGCCAGUACGGCAACAUCAGCCUGAGUGACGGAGUGAUUGAGUUCGCGAAGACCCACGAGGAGAUCAAGGGUGCCUUCCUGACCUUCCAGAAAGAUGCCGACCAGAUCUACCCAGGAUGGAAAGAGAAGCUGGGCUACACAGGCGAGUCCUCCGUGCAGGCUGCCAGCUUCGACUGGGCCAAGAAGGCGUCGGCCGCGGCCUUCGUCGGCGCCAGCGUGGCCCCUGCCAAGAAGGAGAGCAGCGUCUCGCGCAAGGCCCUGGACCAGUCCAGCCGAUACGCGGACCUGUCCCUGGACGAGGCGACGCUCAUCAAGAACGGCAAGCACGUGCUGGUGGCUUACAUCAUGAAGCCGAAGGCAGGCUACGACUACCUUGCCACCGCUGCGCACUUUGCUGCCGAAUCCUCCACCGGAACGAACGUGAACGUGUGCACCACGGAUGACUUCACUAAGUCUGUGGAUGCCCUGGUCUACUACAUCGACCCGGAUAGUGAAGAGAUGAAGAUCGCAUAUCCCACCUUGCUAUUCGACCGCAACAUCAUCGAUGGUCGUGGCAUGAUGUGCUCGUUCCUGACCCUGGCCAUCGGAAACAACCAGGGCAUGGGCGACGUCGAGUACGGCAAGAUCUACGACUUCUACCUGCCCCCGUCCUUCCUGCGCCUGUAUGAUGGGCCCGGCGUGAACGUGGAGGACAUGUGGCGCAUCCUGGGCAAGGGCACCAGCAACGGUGGUCUCGUGGUUGGAACCAUCAUCAAGCCCAAGCUCGGCCUGCAGCCCAAGCCUUUCGGCGAGGCCUGCUAUGCCUUCUGGCAAGGCGGUGACUUCAUCAAGAACGAUGAGCCGCAGGGCAACCAGGUGUUCUGCCAGAUGAACGAGUGCAUCCCCGAGGUCGUGAAGGCCAUGAGGGCUUGCAUCAAGGAGACCGGUGUCGGCAAGCUGUUCUCGGCCAACAUCACCGCGGAUGAUCCAAACGAGAUGAUCGCCCGCGGCAAGUACUGCAUGUCCCAGUUCGGACCUCUGUCCGAGAACUGCGCCUUCUUGGUGGAUGGAUACGUCGCGGGAGGCACCGCUGUGACCUGCGCUCGCCGCAACUUCCCCAAGCAGUUCCUGCACUACCACCGAGCCGGCCACGGCUCCGUGACCAGCCCCCAGACCCAGCGUGGCUACACUGCCUUUGUCCACACCAAGAUCUCUCGUGUUAUCGGUGCCUCCGGCAUCCACACCGGCACCAUGAGCUUUGGCAAGAUGGAGGGAGAUGCCUCCGACAAGAACAUUGCCUUCAUGCUGCAGGACGAUGAGGCCGAUGGCCCCUACUACCACCAGGAGUGGGAGGGCAUGAAGCAGACCACCCCCAUCAUUUCUGGUGGCAUGAACGCGCUCCGCCUGCCGGCCUUCUUCGAGAACCUGGGCCACUCCAACGUGAUCCUCACUGCCGGUGGCGGCGCCUUCGGCCACAAGGAUGGACCCAAGCCUGGUGCCAUCUCUUGCCGCCAGGGUGAGGAGGCCUGGAAGGCCUGGAAGGCUGGCCAGUACGGCAACAUCAGCCUGAGUGACGGAGUGAUUGAGUUCGCAAAGACCCACGAGGAGAUCAAGGGUGCCUUCCUGACCUUCCAGAAAGAUGCCGACCAGAUCUACCCAGGAUGGAAAGAGAAGCUGGGCUACACAGGCGAGUCCUCCGUGCAGGCUGCUAGCUUCGACUGGGCCAAGAAGGCGUCGGCCGCGGCCUUCGUCGGCUCCAGCUCGGUGGAGCGAACUCCCCAGUCGGUCACAGCUCGCAGGGCCCUGGACCAGUCCAGCCGCUAUGCGGACCUCUCCCUGGAUGAGGCGACGCUCAUCAAGAACGGCAAGCACGUGCUGGUGGCUUACAUCAUGAAGCCGAAGGCAGGCUACGACUACCUUGCCACCGCUGCGCACUUUGCUGCCGAGUCCUCCACCGGAACGAACGUGAACGUGUGCACCACGGAUGACUUCACCAAGUCUGUGGAUGCCUUGGUCUACUACAUCGACCCGGAUAGUGAAGAGAUGAAGAUCGCAUAUCCCACCUUGCUCUUCGACCGCAACAUCAUUGAUGGUCGUGGCAUGAUGUGCUCGUUCCUGACCCUGGCCAUCGGAAACAACCAGGGCAUGGGCGACGUCGAGUACGGCAAGAUCUACGACUUCUACCUGCCCCCGUCCUUCCUGCGCCUGUAUGAUGGGCCCGGCGUGAACGUGGAGGACAUGUGGCGCAUCCUGGGCAAGGGCACCAGCAACGGUGGUCUCGUGGUUGGAACCAUCAUCAAGCCCAAGCUCGGCCUGCAGCCCAAGCCUUUCGGCGAGGCCUGCUAUGCCUUCUGGCAAGGCGGUGACUUCAUCAAGAACGAUGAGCCGCAGGGCAACCAGGUGUUCUGCCAGAUGAACGAGUGCAUCCCCGAGGUCGUGAAGGCCAUGAGGGCUUGCAUCAAGGAGACCGGUGUCGGCAAGCUGUUCUCGGCCAACAUCACCGCGGAUGAUCCAAACGAGAUGAUCGCCCGCGGCAAGUACUGCAUGUCCCAGUUCGGACCUCUGUCCGAGAACUGCGCCUUCUUGGUGGAUGGAUACGUCGCGGGAGGCACCGCUGUGACCUGCGCUCGCCGCAACUUCCCCAAGCAGUUCCUGCACUACCACCGAGCCGGCCACGGCUCCGUGACCAGCCCCCAGACCCAGCGUGGCUACACUGCCUUUGUCCACACCAAGAUCUCUCGUGUUAUCGGUGCCUCCGGCAUCCACACCGGCACCAUGAGCUUUGGCAAGAUGGAGGGCGAUGCCUCCGACAAGAACAUUGCCUUCAUGCUGCAGGACGAUGAGGCCGAUGGCCCCUACUACCACCAGGAGUGGGAGGGCAUGAAGCAGACCACCCCCAUCAUUUCUGGUGGCAUGAACGCGCUCCGCCUGCCGGCCUUCUUCGAGAACCUGGGCCACUCCAACGUGAUCCUCACUGCCGGUGGCGGCGCCUUCGGCCACAAGGAUGGACCCAAGCCUGGUGCCAUCUCUUGCCGCCAGGGUGAGGAGGCCUGGAAGGCCUGGAGGUCCGGACAGUACGGCAACAUCAGCCUGAGCGAUGGCGUCAUCGAGUUCGCCAAGACGCACGAGGAGAUCAAGGGUGCCUUCCUGACCUUCCAGAAAGAUGCCGACCAGAUCUACCCAGGAUGGAAAGAGAAGCUGGGCUACACAGGCGAGUCCUCCGUGCAGGCUGCUAGCUUCGACUGGGCCAAGAAGGCGUCGGCCGCGGCCUUCGUCGGCGCCAGCGUGGCCCCUGCCAAGAAGGAGAGCAGCGUCUCGCGCAAGGCCCUGGACCAGUCCAGCCGAUACGCGGACCUGUCCCUGGACGAGGCCACCCUGAUCAAGAACGGCAAGCACGUGCUGGUGGCAUACAUCAUGAAGCCGAAGGCAGGCUACGACUACCUUGCCACCGCUGCGCACUUUGCUGCCGAGUCCUCCACCGGAACGAACGUGAACGUGUGCACCACGGAUGACUUCACCAAGUCUGUGGAUGCCUUGGUCUACUACAUCGACCCGGAUAGUGAAGAGAUGAAGAUCGCAUAUCCCACCUUGCUCUUCGACCGCAACAUCAUUGAUGGUCGUGGCAUGAUGUGCUCGUUCCUGACCCUGGCCAUCGGAAACAACCAGGGCAUGGGCGACGUCGAGUACGGCAAGAUCUACGACUUCUACCUGCCCCCGUCCUUCCUGCGCCUGUAUGAUGGGCCCGGCGUGAACGUGGAGGACAUGUGGCGCAUCCUGGGCAAGGGCACCAGCAACGGUGGUCUCGUGGUUGGAACCAUCAUCAAGCCCAAGCUCGGCCUGCAGCCCAAGCCUUUCGGCGAGGCCUGCUAUGCCUUCUGGCAAGGCGGUGACUUCAUCAAGAACGAUGAGCCGCAGGGCAACCAGGUGUUCUGCCAGAUGAACGAGUGCAUCCCCGAGGUCGUGAAGGCCAUGAGGGCUUGCAUCAAGGAGACCGGUGUCGGCAAGCUGUUCUCGGCCAACAUCACCGCGGAUGAUCCAAACGAGAUGAUCGCCCGCGGCAAGUACUGCAUGUCCCAGUUCGGACCUCUGUCCGAGAACUGCGCCUUCUUGGUGGAUGGAUACGUCGCGGGAGGCACCGCUGUGACCUGCGCUCGCCGCAACUUCCCCAAGCAGUUCCUGCACUACCACCGAGCCGGCCACGGCUCCGUGACCAGCCCCCAGACCCAGCGUGGCUACACUGCCUUUGUCCACACCAAGAUCUCUCGUGUUAUCGGUGCCUCCGGCAUCCACACCGGCACCAUGAGCUUUGGCAAGAUGGAGGGAGAUGCCUCCGACAAGAACAUUGCCUUCAUGCUGCAGGACGAUGAGGCCGAUGGCCCCUACUACCACCAGGAGUGGGAGGGCAUGAAGCAGACCACCCCCAUCAUUUCUGGUGGCAUGAACGCGCUCCGCCUGCCGGCCUUCUUCGAGAACCUGGGCCACUCCAACGUGAUCCUCACUGCCGGUGGCGGCGCCUUCGGCCACAAGGAUGGACCCAAGCCUGGUGCCAUCUCUUGCCGCCAGGGUGAGGAGGCCUGGAAGGCCUGGAAGGCUGGCCAGUACGGCAACAUCAGCCUGAGUGACGGAGUGAUUGAGUUCGCAAAGACCCACGAGGAGAUCAAGGGUGCCUUCCUGACCUUCCAGAAAGAUGCCGACCAGAUCUACCCAGGAUGGAAAGAGAAGCUGGGCUACACAGGCGAGUCCUCCGUGCAGGCUGCUAGCUUCGACUGGGCCAAGAAGGCGUCGGCCGCGGCCUUCGUCGGCUCCAGCUCGGUGGAGCGAACUCCCCAGUCGGUCACAGCUCGCAGGGCCCUGGACCAGUCCAGCCGCUAUGCGGACCUCUCCCUGGAUGAGGCGACGCUCAUCAAGAACGGCAAGCACGUGCUGGUGGCUUACAUCAUGAAGCCGAAGGCAGGCUACGACUACCUUGCCACCGCUGCACACUUUGCUGCCGAGUCCUCCACCGGAACGAACGUGAACGUGUGCACCACGGAUGACUUCACCAAGUCUGUGGAUGCCUUGGUCUACUACAUCGACCCGGAUAGUGAAGAGAUGAAGAUCGCAUAUCCAACCUUGCUCUUCGACCGCAACAUCAUAGAUGGUCGUGGCAUGAUGUGCUCGUUCCUGACCCUGGCCAUCGGAAACAACCAGGGCAUGGGCGACGUCGAGUACGGCAAGAUCUACGACUUCUACCUGCCCCCGUCCUUCCUGCGCCUGUAUGAUGGGCCCGGCGUGAACGUGGAGGACAUGUGGCGCAUCCUGGGCAAGGGCACCAGCAACGGUGGUCUCGUGGUUGGAACCAUCAUCAAGCCCAAGCUCGGCCUGCAGCCCAAGCCUUUCGGCGAGGCCUGCUAUGCCUUCUGGCAAGGCGGUGACUUCAUCAAGAACGAUGAGCCGCAGGGCAACCAGGUGUUCUGCCAGAUGAACGAGUGCAUCCCCGAGGUCGUGAAGGCCAUGAGGGCUUGCAUCAAGGAGACCGGUGUCGGCAAGCUGUUCUCGGCCAACAUCACCGCGGAUGAUCCAAACGAGAUGAUCGCCCGCGGCAAGUACUGCAUGUCCCAGUUCGGACCUCUGUCCGAGAACUGCGCCUUCUUGGUGGAUGGAUACGUCGCGGGAGGCACCGCUGUGACCUGCGCUCGCCGCAACUUCCCCAAGCAGUUCCUGCACUACCACCGAGCCGGCCACGGCUCCGUGACCAGCCCCCAGACCCAGCGUGGCUACACUGCCUUUGUCCACACCAAGAUCUCUCGUGUUAUCGGUGCCUCCGGCAUCCACACCGGCACCAUGAGCUUUGGCAAGAUGGAGGGAGAUGCCUCCGACAAGAACAUUGCCUUCAUGCUGCAGGACGAUGAGGCCGAUGGCCCCUACUACCACCAGGAGUGGGAGGGCAUGAAGCAGACCACCCCCAUCAUUUCUGGUGGCAUGAACGCGCUCCGCCUGCCGGCCUUCUUCGAGAACCUGGGCCACUCCAACGUGAUCCUCACUGCCGGUGGCGGCGCCUUCGGCCACAAGGAUGGACCCAAGCCUGGUGCCAUCUCUUGCCGCCAGGGUGAGGAGGCCUGGAAGGCCUGGAGGUCCGGACAGUACGGCAACAUCAGCCUGAGCGAUGGCGUCAUCGAGUUCGCCAAGACGCACGAGGAGAUCAAGGGUGCCUUCCUCACUUUCCAGAAGGAUGCCGACCAGAUCUACCCGGGCUGGAAGGAGAAGCUCGGCUACACCGGUGAGUCCUCUGUGCAGGCGGCAAGCUUCGACUGGGCCAAGAAGGCGUCGGCCGCGGCCUUCGUCGGCGCCAGCGUGGCCCCUGCCAAGAAGGAGAGCAGCGUCUCGCGCAAGGCCCUGGACCAGUCCAGCCGAUACGCGGACCUGUCCCUGGACGAGGCCACCCUGAUCAAGAACGGCAAGCACGUGCUGGUGGCAUACAUCAUGAAGCCGAAGGCAGGCUACGACUACCUUGCCACCGCUGCGCACUUUGCUGCCGAGUCCUCCACCGGAACGAACGUGAACGUGUGCACCACGGAUGACUUCACCAAGUCUGUGGAUGCCUUGGUCUACUACAUCGACCCGGAUAGUGAAGAGAUGAAGAUCGCAUAUCCCACCUUGCUCUUCGACCGCAACAUCAUUGAUGGUCGUGGCAUGAUGUGCUCGUUCCUGACCCUGGCCAUCGGAAACAACCAGGGCAUGGGCGACGUCGAGUACGGCAAGAUCUACGACUUCUACCUGCCCCCGUCCUUCCUGCGCUUGUAUGAUGGGCCCGGCGUGAACGUGGAGGACAUGUGGCGCAUCCUGGGCAAGGGCACCAGCAACGGUGGUCUCGUGGUUGGAACCAUCAUCAAGCCCAAGCUCGGCCUGCAGCCCAAGCCUUUCGGCGAGGCCUGCUAUGCCUUCUGGCAAGGCGGUGACUUCAUCAAGAACGAUGAGCCGCAGGGCAACCAGGUGUUCUGCCAGAUGAACGAGUGCAUCCCCGAGGUCGUGAAGGCCAUGAGGGCUUGCAUCAAGGAGACCGGUGUCGGCAAGCUGUUCUCGGCCAACAUCACCGCGGAUGAUCCAAACGAGAUGAUCGCCCGCGGCAAGUACUGCAUGUCCCAGUUCGGACCUCUGUCCGAGAACUGCGCCUUCUUGGUGGAUGGAUACGUCGCGGGAGGCACCGCUGUGACCUGCGCUCGCCGCAACUUCCCCAAGCAGUUCCUGCACUACCACCGAGCCGGCCACGGCUCCGUGACCAGCCCCCAGACCCAGCGUGGCUACACUGCCUUUGUCCACACCAAGAUCUCUCGUGUUAUCGGUGCCUCCGGCAUCCACACCGGCACCAUGAGCUUUGGCAAGAUGGAGGGAGAUGCCUCCGACAAGAACAUUGCCUUCAUGCUGCAGGACGAUGAGGCCGAUGGCCCCUACUACCACCAGGAGUGGGAGGGCAUGAAGCAGACCACCCCCAUCAUUUCUGGUGGCAUGAACGCGCUCCGCCUGCCGGCCUUCUUCGAGAACCUGGGCCACUCCAACGUGAUCCUCACUGCCGGUGGCGGCGCCUUCGGCCACAAGGAUGGACCCAAGCCUGGUGCCAUCUCUUGCCGCCAGGGUGAGGAGGCCUGGAAGGCCUGGAAGGCUGGCCAGUACGGCAACAUCAGCCUGAGUGACGGAGUGAUUGAGUUCGCAAAGACCCACGAGGAGAUCAAGGGUGCCUUCCUGACCUUCCAGAAAGAUGCCGACCAGAUCUACCCAGGAUGGAAAGAGAAGCUGGGCUACACAGGCGAGUCCUCCGUGCAGGCUGCUAGCUUCGACUGGGCCAAGAAGGCGUCGGCCGCGGCCUUCGUCGGCUCCAGCUCGGUGGAGCGAACUCCCCAGGUUGCCCGUGCGGUCACUCCCUACGAGUUGAACGGGAACGUCCUCGCCGACUUGGAGUUCAGCAACGACAUCGGCUACCUUCCGGAUGGCACCCCUCUGAACAGGGCCGGCAACGCCAUCAACCACCCGGAGAACAUUGGUCCUGACAGCCAUGCGCCUGGCUCGCCUUUGCCCCGUGCCAACUUCGUGAACUCCGUGGGCUACCUUCCUGAUGGAACCCCGCUGAACAGGGCCGGCAACGCCAUCAACCACCCGGAGACCAUUGGCCCAGACAUGCACACGCCUGGAUCGCCGCUGCCUGCCUCCAGCUACAAGGCGGACAUUGGCUAUCUGGUGGAUGGCACUGAUCUGGCGACGGCCGGCAACCUCUCCGUGCAGGGUGGUGCUGCGCCUGCGGCAGCACCAGCGGCGGCAGCUGCACCGGCCCCUGUGGUUGCAGCGGCCUUCGUCGGCUCCUCCGCAGCCACCCCCUCGAAGGUCAGGCAUGCAGGAAACUUCGCGUAUGGGUUCCAGAGAGACUCCUGGGCCGACUUGGAGUUCAGCAACGACAUCGGCUACCUGCCGGAUGGCACUCCGCUCAACAGGGCCGGCAACGCCAUCAACCAUCCGGAGAACAUUCAGCCGGACAGCCAUGCGCCGGGAUCUCCCUUGCCUUCUGCCAUCUUCGCGAACGACGUGGGCUACCUGCCGGAUGGCACUCCGCUCAACAGGGCCGGCAACGCCAUCAACCACCCGGAGAACAUUGGCCCUGACAUGCACACGCCUGGCUCGCCGCUGCCUGCCUCCACUUACGCGCAGGACGUGGGCUACCUGGUGGACGGCACUCCCAUGGAGACGGCCGGCAACCUCUCCGUCCAGUGA